AUGAACAACUCCUCCAUCUCCACUCAGAGAAAUGAGAAAGAACCAAACAUGAAGUUAUCAGAAUUAAUGGCGUGGAGUUCUGCGUAUGGAUUUGUCGAUGUUGUCAUCCUUGUUGGCAAUGUCCUUACCCUCACCGUUUUUUCUACAAACAAGAAGCUUCUUCGCAUGCGUGCAAAUUACUUCCUGAUAAAUCUGGCACUAGCGGAUAUGAUGGUUGGUACGUUCGCUAUACCCAUGUACCUUUAUCACUUAAUUGCGGCAUGGGAGAAGGGUCACAGCGUUUGGAUGCAAUAUAGUUACAAGAUUUACAAGGUGGUCGAUGUUUUUGUUGGCUGCGCCUCCAUAUUUACCCUCACUGUUAUAGCCUUGGAGCGAGCAUUCUCAGUUUGUUUGCCUCAUGUUCAUCGUCACGUCAGAAACAACAGCUACUAUGGACUUCUUGGCCUAAUAUGGCUGUUGUCUAUUCUGGUCUCUUGUUUGCGAUUCCUUUUUGAGGAAAAACUCCUAUCACUACCGUUUUUCUUCUACUUCAUGUUGGUUUCCUUUGCCGUCGCCCUCUCGAUAAUUUGCGUAUCUUAUGUGGUAAUAUGGUUCAAAAUGAAAUUUCGUUUCGCCAGGAGAGACAGCGUACAUAAGCGGUCCGGUGAACAUGACAAACGACUCGCUGUAAUACUGUCUACAGUAACUGUUGUGUUUGUUCUCACCUGGAUGCCAUUUCAAGUCAUAAACAUUGUAGCAUUUUUCUGCAUGUCUUGCCAGAAAAUGCCCAACGAGAUCGCUUACUUUGCAAAGUUUUUACAUUAUGGUAACUCAUGCGUCAAUCCUAUUAUUUACUCAUUCUUGGUACCUGAGUUUAGGAAGACAGUUGUCAAAAUUUGCAGCAAAAUAAGAGCUUAAUUUACAUUGAAAGUUGAAAUGAAUAAUACAUAAAACUUAGUAAUCGCGAAGCAAUUUUUCAAUUUUGCCGAUAUAUAUUUCCAGUUCCUGUCUGAAGAUAAAGGGUAUUGCAGUCUGGUACAUACAAACUAUUGUAGGGGUGAUAUUUUAGUCAGUGAAACCACCAGUUCUAAACUAGACUCGACUCAUGCUAGUUAGACGAAAAGUAUUGAAUGUCCGUCUAUUAUUUUAACAGCGUGAAUUCCAUCAAUUUUCAUAGCUGGAGAAAAGUUAACAUUAUCGAUAAUGAAAAAAAUCAUAUCAUAAUUUCUUAUGGUAGCCUACCUGCUGAUUAUUAAAAUAAAUUUGGAAUGAUAUUUGGAUGGAGCCUUCGGCAGUGUCCUCUGGUUUUUAUUGCUUGUCUGUGGAAAGGUUAUUGCCACAGAUAUAUAUGCAGAGUAUUCAACAACUUGACGGCCAAAUAAGAAGCCUCUUAUCAACAGACACUUAUCAAAGAAAUAAUUUUUAGACCAACUUUUCUGAUUAACUAAGUUUUGUGUUUCUCUUGCCUAAAUGUGGUUUCGAGUUACCGCUACCAAUGUUUUAAAUUGUUUGUUAUCAAUAGCUGAGACGGUAAAGAAUUAAGCAGAAAACCGCGAUUCGUUAACAAUUAUUUGGGAUAGUUUUUAACAAAAAGAUUCCCAGACAUCACUUCUAUGUCAAUUGCUAUAGAAUGUCGAGGAAGGUUGGCCGAAGUUGAUGACUUAGGGUCUUUUUAAAUGGUCUCAAAUACUUGAGAUUACCCCCCCCCCCCCAUAAUUACAUUUGCUUCCCCUCUUUCCUUGAGAAUAUUCAACCACCAAAAAUGGCGCACUCGCCUGAAGGGGGAGGGGGGGGGGAGACUAUUCGGCAGAGCAAGCUGUCUCGCCUCAGCAGGUAGGGCAACCCUAUCAGGCGGGACAACUUUUCCUCAUAUACGAAACAUUUCUGCUCGCCGGCCCGAGCCAGUCUUAGCAGAGACAUCAGCGGAAGACUGAGUGAAAGGAGAGCUGUUACAACCCACAACUCCAUAUAAACGCGCUGUAAAGUUGUCUCACAUUGUUUUAUUUCCCCUCAUGGAAACAGGUAACGACUCUCUUUAGUUUAGUUAGAAUGAUUUGGUGUAUUUUCAUUUGGCAAUAAAAUGAAAUAGCCGUUUCGUGAAGAUUCAAAUUUUUUUUCAGAGAUUAAAUUUAAGAAACUCAAGAAAAAAUAAUAUGUUUCGACAGGUCAUGUAAUAAGAUAGGUUAAGGGGACCAAACCUUGCGUUCUUUUAAACAUGCUGGGGCCUAUUACGUGUGGAGAAAACUUAUUGAAUAUUUUGGCUGUCCUAAAAGCAUUGCAUUGAGGUUAAGACAACGGUUGCGUGGCUGCAGCUUAGUAUUUUUCUCCUUCCACUUUUUUUUUCUUUAUCAUUAUCACACUUUUAUUUAUCCAUCUUAGAUCCAACGAAACAUGGUAACGCAAGCUAGCAUUUGUAGGAUCCUUUCCCACCCCUCCCAUCUAUUCUCAAUAUAAUAUUUUUACACACCAUUGACGCCUUCUUAUCUUAAAAAUACAUAAAAUUAACAUUUCAAAAAUGCUUAAAUAAACAAAAUUUUAGACGCCUACGUCGCCUUCACGGAUAGCAUGGUUUCAAGAAUUCCUGCAAAAUGCCAGAAAUGACCUUUAUACCGACGAAGAAUUGCAUCUCAGGUGAAACAAGAGAUAUUUAUUGUUCCAGAAGGUUAUGUGAGUGCCGUACAAGUCGACCUAUUAUACUAGUUGCCAAAUUUGAGACUACAUGCUGCUUUGUUGUUCAUUGAAAUACCUCUCGGGGUUCUGAAUGAUCACGCACUUGCUAAUUUAUUAACAAACAAUCUACAGAUGCUCAUCGAAAAUUUGCUGGACAUUCUUUGAAUUGCGAAGGCCGAUGAUCAAAACAAUCAAGUCACGGAUAUUGCCGAACGUGUAAAAUGCUCUAAAAGCGAGGUAAGUAGAAGAUACUGAAUGUUCCGUUCAAGUUCACUUGAUAAGCAAUUGUCACCCAUGUAAUGAGUUGUGAGCGACAAAAUUACGCUGGCUCUAAUACAAUCGUGUAGUAAGUCUUACAUUUACACUAAACUUACGCCUCGCUAAUCAUGUCAUCUUUAGUCUAAUUCCUGCAAACCAAGAAAUUCCUUUGACGCGGGAACUAACGUUUUACAUGGCUAAACAACGCCAACGACGGAAUCCAAAUAUGUCACAUAAGGAGUCGGAACUUCAUACAGUUUAUUUCGCCUAUCAAAUGUUUCAAGAAUUUCACUUAUCACGUUCGAAAAGAUAAUCUACCUGCGGCAUUUUGCUCAACGAUUAAGAAGUAAUCCUAAACAAAAGUAGAUUUGGACCGGUUGUCUUGACAAGCUCUUCAAUUAGUGCGUCACGGUUUAUGUUUGAGUAUCUUUGUUUUGACAAGGGGGAGGUGAGGUACUGUAAGGCUCCGAACUCGACGGAAAUAAUAUCAAAGGUUAACUGUUUGCCACCCAGAUCUCUAAAUCACGAGCCUCUUUCAGUACAAACAGAUAGUUUUCCACACCAAUUUCAGAAAUGUCCUAUCUUGUCUUAAAAAAUCCAUUUCCUCAUUUACAAAUUGUUGACAUCACUUAAUUUAACGCAAGUAAAGUUGCAGUUUCAAAUUUCCUCAAAGCCUUUGUUUUAAGCUUUCGUUAGCGCUGCGACAAAGAAUUGUAGUUACUGAAAAUUCUAGCAAGCUUCUCCUUGCAAUAAGAUUGUGGAUGUUCAACACCUCUCGGUCAUUUUUAGUUAAUUUUCUCCAUUUUGACAAUUUUAUAUUAUGAAAAUGUCAUAUCGUGGUUUGCCACAAGCUGAAAGUAAAUCUGUAAGUCACAAGUAACGGCUCAUGAUAUCGUCACGUACGCGUAACACAGUCAGUAUAAGACGUAAUGAAUUACAGAAUCAGUGGACAGCCGCUGCACAGUGUGAGUUCAAAUUGAUUAAGUUAGUCGCCAGAUCAGCAACAGUAAAGCAGUUUCAACGGAAUGUGUAAGCAAGUUUAGGAGAUUAUUAUUCACUUUUUUGGGAGGAAGAGAGGAGAACUUGACCAGGUCAUCGACGUCAAAGAGUGUAAUGUUCUUAGUCGAGCGAUACAAGGAAAAACGUAGGGAGUAACUUGGAAGGUGAUUUUUCGCCGCUCGGUUAUAUCAUCUCACACCUGCUUAGUUAAGACGCCAAAAAAAUGAAAGGAAAAUCUUCGCUUGUGCCUUCAUCGUAGUACUGCAACGACAGACCGAAGAGUUGAUGUGAUGAUUUCUUACUAACGAGCGUGAGGACAGUUUUCUUGGGAAUGUUAGCACGAGGUCGAGGCAAUACGGGGCGAGUGCAUCAGGGUUCAUGCUAAACGAGAUUGAGGGGCUGAUGUUCCAUACAAGGCUCACAAAAGCCCAUGUAUAUAACAGUAAAUGGUGGCAAAUGCACUCCCGGGCACUUGAAGUCGAGGGGCUUCCGUAAUGACGUAUUUUUUAUGACGCACGCAAUCAGGAGAUAUCGGACUAGUAACGCUUGUCUGUGAUCAGAUUUACAUAGGGUUACUUCAUGUGGAGUGUGAGCAAGCCUUAAAGAACUAUUAGGGACGUUCGAAAUGAAAUUUGUCGAAAGACCCAAUGACCGUAGGCUUUGUUGAAAUCUCAUGAAGAUUUUUGUCGCGUAUGUUCUGAACAAAAUUCAGGUUGGCAAGGUGCCCCAUCUCGAAAACAGGUAGGCUGUCAAAUCUUUCACUAGUCACGAUAUUAAAUUUGAUGAAGCAGAGAAGAAUUUCGUAUUUGUGUUUACUCGUUUGUCUUUCUAAAAUCGCCCAUGGCUCCCUGGUUUUCGUCUGCGCCUGUUUCGAUCUCAACAUAGAGAAGUUUUGAGAUCUUAAGGAUAAAUGUACUUGUCACGGAAAAUUCGUCUUCGUAUUAAGCCUUUUUUAAAUAUCAAUGUUCAGGCAGAUUAUUUGCGACAAAUGAGAGUAUCUGUGAUUUCAUUUUAAAAAUAAAUAAUAUAUAGUUAUAGCCGCUUUCGAUGAAAUGAUCUAACUGACAAAAUUCCGACCAAGAAAGAAUUGACUCUACUUAAGACUACUUUGCCAAUUAAUAAAAAUAUAUUCCAUGGCACACGAUGUGCAGGCGGGUGUCACUAGUGUUCUUACCACGUAUCCUGUGAUUUAUUACUGAACCGACGCAUGGGACAACUAUUUCAUUUACAUAAUAAUGAAGCAAAAGGUUUUCAAUGGUGACUUCGUCUAUGCGUUUGUCCUACAAUCGAUCGUUAGUAAGAAUCAUCUAAACUUGUAUAAAAUUAGUAAAGCAAUAUUUUAUAGAACGAACGUCUGUUUUCUAUGGGUUUACCAGUGCAACAGACGGUAGGACUUUGACCAAUCAGGGUGCUCGUAGUUUCUCAGUUUUUUGAUAGUAUUUUAAUUAUGACAUGAUUUACAGAGCCCAAAAGAAAGUACCUUUACCUGUUUAUUGCACCCGCAAGUAUGGAUCCUUUUAGAUAAAAUAUUUGAAAUUACCCCCACAUUAUCAUGACCACCUUCCUCGUCCAGGGACCGCAGGGCAUGACCAAUACGCUGGUGAAUACUUCGUUCUCUUAACUCGAGUUCCCUCGUGGGGCGGAAGGUAGAGAGACCCUGACUAUUCUUAAAAGGUGGUUUUACAACCUCUUAUCCCAUUCCCUUGCACUGAAUCUCUCCUGGGCCCAUUCAAUGCAACAUCAGGACAUAAGUAGGUAUGUAAAUGAAACGUAUUGAGCAGCAAAGCAAGUUCACUUAUCCAGUAUAUUGCAACAUGAUCUCACCUCGAGCAACUAAAACGUUCCUUAAAGCAUUAACAGUUGACUGAUGGUCUUGUUUUAUGCUUUAUUCCACCAGGACAAAACGCCACCAUCUUAAUGAACAACUCUUCUUCACAACAUGAAGGUAAUGAACAAGCAGCUGGUUCACUGGUGGCGUGGAGCUUAGCAUACGGAUUGCUGGAUGUCGUCGUAAUACUUGGGAAUGUCAUAACGCUCCUUGUAUUCUUUAGGAAUAAAAAACUUUUGCGCACACGCGCAAAUUACUUCCUAAUAAAUCUAGCUAUAGCUGAUAUGAUGGUUGGUACAUUCGCCAUACCCAUGUACGUCUAUCAUUUGAUUUCCGCGUUGUAUAAGGGUGAAGGUGUCUGGAAACAGUUCAGCUCUAAGAUUUAUACGGCAGUUGAUGUUUUUGUCGGUUGUGCUUCAAUUUACACAUUAACAUUCAUCGCCUUGGAACGAGCAUUCUCUGUUUGUUUACCUCAGAUUCAUCGCCAUGCAAGAGUAAAGACUUAUUAUGGACUUCUAGGCUUGAUAUGGCUGCUGUCUAUUUUGGUAUCCUGUUUGCGGUUUCUGUAUGAGACAGACCUCCUUAAAUUGAAAUUUUUCUUCUAUGUUAUGCUGGUUUUAUUCUCUAUCGCCCUCUUGAUAAUCUGUAUCUCUUACGCUGUAAUAUGGUUCAAAAUGAAGUUCCGGUUCGCCAAUAGAGAGGGAAACAAACGUAAGAGGGAACAGGACAAGCGACUCGCCAUUUUGCUGUUUAUAGUGACUGUGGUGUUCGGUCUCACGUGGAUGCCAUUUCAAAUCAUAAACAUUGUGGCGUUUUUCUGCUACCCGUGUAGGAAAAUGUCAAUCGAUGGUGUCAAUUUUGCAAAGUUCUUGCACUAUGGCAACUCUUGUGUUAAUCCUAUAAUAUACUCCUUUUUGGUUCCCGAGUUUAGGAAGACUGUUGCUAGUAUUUUUAGAAAACUAAGAAACAAUGACGAAACUGGAAUUUCGACGUUUGAAAUGCAUUCGGCUAAAACGUAAGUAGGCACUUACUUAAUCUAGGUCAUUAUACGCACAGAUUUUACAUAGUGAUCGAGGGAGCUGGGGCGAUUAACAGCUGCAAUCUUUCAGUCCCGGGUUAGCAUUUGCAAAGGCCAGACUGGAAGUCAAGGUGUUGAAAAGUUUGUUCUUACAAGCAAUUUGCUUUGUCUGGUUCUUAAGAAACGUCUCAUAUCUCCGGCGUACACUCCGUUGCAAUGCAAACUUUAACUUUACAACAGCGUCGGUUCUCCCAGACUUUUCUCGAAUUGUCGAUCAGGUAACUUGAUUCCUUACCCUCACCUGAAUGCGUCGUCAAGUGAAACGCUUACGCCCAGCUUAGAAAGCAAAUUUCGCCUCAAGCUUUUACCUUCUUUAUAGAAUUGUUAUUCAAUACUUGAAAGUUAGACUUUGAGUCUCUUCAUAUAUCAUUGCUUAAGAUGUCCCUGUCAAGUAAACAAAUUGAAUGUAUCUCAUCCACUAUUUUUAGCUAAGUAAUGAUUGUUCUCGAUGUAACUUCAAUUUUGAAGGUCUGAAGAAUUCUUUUGACGAAAACACAUUCAACAAUUAGAAGCGAAAGCAGGUGAACAGAAUCGUCCGAAAAAUGCCGUUGGACCAGAAUCAGUGAAGUGACAAGUUAAUUUUAUAAUGAGUCUUUGUAUUAACACGUAACGAAUAGACCUUUAGAGCCAUCCAUCAUGAUUUAUUCAAGAUAAUCAGCUGCGAAAAACUGUUUGACCUGCUACGAAAUAUGUUGUUAGACAAAGGCACGAAGGCUUACAGACAGCAUUAGCUGCUGAGUUCGUCAGAAACACAUUAAGGAAAGUAAAGGUUUCGAAAAUGGAUUCUGAUAACCUUAUCUUUCUGUACGAU